GGCGUAAUGAAAUGGGCCUGAGUGUGCGCAGACUCAGAAAGUUUCGGCAAGCCUAAGAAUGGCGGGCACGGGCUUAGUUGCCGGAGAGGUUGUGGUAGAUGCGCUGCCGUAUUUUGACCAAGGUUACGAAGCGCCGGGUGUGCGGGAAGCGGCUGCGGCGCUGGUGGAGGAGGAAACCCGCAGAUACCGACCUACCAAGAACUACCUGAGCUACCUGACAGCCCCGGAUUAUUCUGCUUUUGAAACCGACAUAAUGAGAAAUGAAUUUGAAAGACUGGCUGCUCGACAACCAAUAGAAUUACUCAGUAUGAAACGAAAUCUAGUUCAUAUGAUUGAACAUGCACAGAAAGAGCUCCAGAAGUUAAGGAAACAUAUUCAAGAUUUAAACUGGCAGCGAAAAAACAUGCAACUCACAGCUGGAUCUAAAUUAAGGGAAAUGGAGUCAACUUGGGUAUCCCUGGUCAGUAAGAAUUACGAGAUUGAAAGGACUAUUGUGCAAUUAGAAAAUGAAAUCUUUCAAAUGAAGCAGCAGCAUGGAGAGGCAAACAAAGAAAACAUCCGGCAAGACUUCUAAAAAGACAGAUGACCUUGCUGGGGAGAAAGGAAGGCAAGUUGGGCUUUCACAGAAGAUCAGGCAUCUGAACUGUGAGGGAGAACAGCAUCUUAAGGAAAUCAUCAGUGGUUAAAUGUUUAUUUUAGAGUGUGGACUGUUAAAUUUGUACAUUUUAGCAAAAUAAAAACUUUCAGCUCGGUGAUUUUUGGGUUUUUUUUGCCAUUUAAAAAAACGAGUCUUUCAAAAUAAGUAUAAUAUUAGAAUAAUAUAUCAUAGAAUUAAUUUUGAACCACUGGAACAUAUUUUGUAUCCGAGAGAUCUUUAUUGAAAGUUUUUAACAUGUACAAGAAGUUGUAAACUUUUGGUUUGUAUGUUUCCUAAUAAAGGGGUAUUUCUAAACAAAUUUUUGAUGAUCAAACAAGACUUCCAAAAUACAAUGUCUCCAUUUCUAUCAUCCAUCAUCAUCAUCAUAGGUAACAGUUCCAUAAAGCUUGAUAUGUGCUGAGCCCUGUUCUAAGCAC